GCGGCGGCGCUCCGGGCGCGGGAGGUGGAGACGUGGCAGCGGCUCAAGGGGCGGCGCCGGGCCGCGGCGGGGCGGGGCCGCGGGAAGGAGGCGCCCAGCGCGCCGGGGACGCCGCGGGAGGUUCUGGAAACGCCGGGAGCGGCGCGUGUCCAGAUGCUGCCCUUGCUGACCAUGAAACUCACGGUGUCCACGUGGCUGAUGGCCUGGGCUGGAGUCCUGAGCUGUGUGAAGGCUGAAUUCUUCACUUCUAUUGGGCACAUGACUGACCUGAUUUAUGCGGAGAAAGAUCUGGUGCAGUCUCUGAAGGAGUACAUCCUUAUGGAGGAAGCCAAGCUCUCCAAGAUUAAGAGUUGGGCCAGCAGAAUGGAAGCCCUGACCAGCAAGUCGGCAGCAGACCCCGAGGGCUACGUAGCCCACCCCGUGAACGCCUAUAAACUGGUGAAGCGGCUGAACACAGACUGGCCCGCGCUGGAGGACCUCGUUCUGCAGGACGCGGCUGCCGGUUUUAUCGCCAACCUCUCGGUGCAGCGCCAGUUCUUCCCCACCGAUGAGGAUGAGUCGGGAGCUGCCAAAGCCCUGAUGAGACUUCAGGACACUUACAAACUCGACCCAGGCAUGAUUUCCAGAGGGGAAAUCCCAGGAACCAAGUACCAGGCAGUGCUGAGUGUGGACGACUGCUUUGGGAUGGGCCGCUCAGCCUACAACGAAGGCGACUAUUAUCAUACAGUGCUGUGGAUGGAGCAGGCGCUAAAGCAGCUUGAUGCCGGGGAAGAGGCCACUGUAGCCAAGUCUGAGGUGCUGGACUACCUUAGCUACGCUGUCUUCCAGCUGGGCGACCUGCACCGUGCUCUGGAGCUCACCCGCCGCCUGCUGUCCCUCGACCCGAGCCACGAGCGAGCUGGAGGGAACCUGCGGUACUUUGAGCGGUUGCUGGAGGAAGAAAGAGGAAAACUGUUGUCAAAUCAGACAGAAGCUGUGCUUGCAGCCCAGGAAGGCAUCUAUGAGAGGCCAUCAGAUUACCUACCGGAGAGGGAGGUGUAUGAGAGCCUGUGUCGCGGGGAGGGCAUCAAGCUGACACCCCAGAGGCGGAAGAGGCUCUUCUGCAGGUACCACCAUGGCAACAGGGCACCAGAGCUGCUGAUCGCCCCCUUCAAAGAAGAGGACGAGUGGGACAGCCCACACAUCGUCAGGUAUUACGAUGUCAUGUCGGACGAGGAGAUCGAGAGGAUCAAGGAGAUCGCAAAGCCCAAGCUUGCACGAGCCACUGUACGUGAUCCUAAGACCGGUGUCCUCACUGUUGCCAGCUACAGGGUUUCCAAAAGCUCCUGGCUGGAGGAGGAAGACGACCCCGUAGUGGCUCGAGUCAAUCGUCGGAUGCAGCAGAUCACAGGGUUAACAGUGAAAACUGCAGAGCUGCUACAGGUCGCAAAUUAUGGAAUGGGAGGACAGUACGAGCCACACUUCGACUUCUCCAGGCGCCCUUUUGACAGCGGCCUGAAAACGGAGGGGAAUAGGUUAGCGACGUUUCUUAACUAUAGCCAUGAGCGAGAUGCUUUCAAGCGUUUAGGGACGGGGAAUCGUGUGGCCACAUUCUUAAACUACAUGAGUGACGUAGAAGCCGGAGGAGCCACUGUCUUCCCUGAUCUGGGAGCUGCACUUUGGCCCAAGAAGGGCACAGCUGUAUUCUGGUACAACCUUCUGCGGAGUGGAGAAGGUGACUACAGAACGAGGCAUGCAGCCUGCCCAGUGCUGGUGGGCUGCAAGUGGGUCUCCAACAAGUGGUUCCAUGAACGAGGACAGGAGUUCUUGAGGCCAUGCGGAUCAACGGAAGUUGACUGAUGUCCCCUCCUGCCGUUCCCCUUCCUGGCCCCACACCUCAAGUCCUCCUCAAGUUCAGCACGACGGACGGGCACCUUCCUGUGUGCCAGCUCCUGUCAGGCAGGGUUUGGGCGGAGCUGAUAUUUGUCUGGAGUGGGAAAGAGUACCGUGGGCUGGUCCAGUAUGUCCCAGGUCUCAGCCUCUUCGUCAGCCUGUGCCACCCUGGCUCCAAGAGUAGCGUUGGAGCGGCUGCAGCAGAGCCAGGCUGUCACGCACCUUGGAAGGUGCCUUUGUACCUCAGACGCUGUGGGUGAGAGAUGUGUCAGUGAACCAAAGUUCCAAAGCCUUGUUUACAUGUUGGUUUUAAUGGCAUUUCUAUAAGCUGUGGCUUAACCAGAAAAUAAAAUGUCCUUGCCAGAAGCCUUAAAAA